GGCAUAAAUUGUUUGUUUUGAAAUCGAGCAUGUUCGUGGUUCUAGGAGCAACGAUUGUGCGAAAGUAGAAAUAAAUGUGAAUUAUUCCAUUUCGUGAAUCAGAAACACUACUGCAGCCAGAAGGGAGAAAAUGGAUCGGGAGGAAGACUUUGACAUCUCCAAGCGAGAUGCGAAGCGGCUGGCGGAACCGCUCAUUAAGGCCGCCUACGCGGACGGUAUCGAUGCCGGGCGGCAAGUGCACUAUCAGCGCAAUUUUGACGAGGGCUACCGGAAAGGGUUCGCCGCCGGAUUCGAGCACGGUCAGCACCAGGCACGGCGGGCACUGGAGGAGCAGGGGAGGAAACCGGCAGCAACCGGUGGUGGUGGUGGUAGCUGAUGAGACGUGUCGGGCGUAAUCGAUCAAAAAUGAUGUUGGAAUUGGAAAUACAUGCAAGAAGAACUGCGUAACUGUGUCUUUUU